AAAAAUCUCCAGUGUUGCUGGACUACAUUUCACCUCAAGUGCAUUCGAGCUUGGGCAGGCAAAAGCGUCAAGGAUGUCGAAGACGCACUCGUGGAGAUGAACGUACCGGAGAAUGGAGAUGCCCUGGUUGUCAGGCCAAACGUGAACGCGUACCAUCCAGCUAUUUGUGCUUCUGUCAUCGCAUCACAAAUCCAACACCUAUCGCCUCGUCACCGCCCACAGUUGUGCGUAUCCCUGCUCUCGCGAACGUGCUUCCGCUUGUGGUCACGGUUGUCCUCUUCCAUGCCACCUGGUCCCUGUCUACCAUGCGCCGUAACCGUCCACAAGGGCUGCUGGUGUGGAUGUCAAGUCUCAAACAUCCUUUGUUCUUUGGCAUCUCCGAAUUCAACCUCUGGCGUCUCCUGUGGCCUCACUUGCAGGAAACCCUUGUCGUGUGGGAAUCCCCGGCAUACACACGCUCAGGUUUUCCAUCUGGGUGAUCGCAAGCUCUGUGGCGUGGCUGAGGUCGUCUCUUGUUAUUGUAGGAAAGGGGAGAUGGAAGUAUCGUGCGCGGAUAGGAAAAAUUGAGCGAUGGUAUGCACCGUCGAGGGAGAGGUAGGCUGGAAGCGUCGUGCGGUGGUGUGUGUGAACUUUCCCCCUUCUUUGUACUCUAUCUC